AAGAAGGAAUGUGUCCAAUGCAAAUGGUUAUAGAUUUUUUUCGUUGAAUUGUAAAUUAUUGCAGUGUUUCUGCGUGGUUGUUCAUUGAAAUUUUUUAGCAUACAAAAAUAUAGUGUAAAUUUUGACGGACUAUAAGAUUGAUUUUAAAACUCAUAUUUUGUAGUUAUAUUAUAAAUAUUGUUUAUCACAAAAUGGACGACGAUACUAGCCCGGACUUACAGUUUCAAUUAUUUUUCAGAAAUGUCUAUCAGAAACUACUAUGGACAAUGAUGAAGUACCACUUAUAAAUGAAAAUUCAAACGGAUUAUCUCAUUUACUGACGGACGGAGAAUUCAGUAGCGUUGAUGCCGCUGUUGAUGAGUCGUCAAUAUCAAACCAGGGUUUUCUUAAUGCAGUUGAGUUAUCAACUGGCAGUGUUGGCGAUUACUUAGAGAAUAAUACCGAGGGUUAUAAUAACGACUCAUUUGAUGUGGGUGAUAAUGCCGUUAAUUUCCCUAAUGAUUCUCUAAGCAAUGUCCUCUCUGAUGGAGAUUCUCGUCUGAGUGCUACGUUUAAAUGUACAGAUGAUAAUACAGAAGGUAAUUCUAAAAUAAAUAACGACAGUGAAUUUUCAAGCGAGGUAUUUGCCAUGGAAGAAAGCAUAGAGCGGGCCGAAAAUAAUGCAAAAAUGGAAAGUAAUGGCGUGAUUGAAGUGAAUGAAAAUUCAGAAAGCAAUGUAGGCAGUAAUAUUGAAAAUGAAGAUAAUGUUGUUCAUGAGCAUAGUAAUGACAACAACUUGGAAACUAAUGACUCUGAUAAUAGUGAAGUAAAGAAUGAAGAAAUUACUGAAGAAAAAGAAAUUAGUGAAAGCAUUGAAGCACAAAUAACAAAUAAAUCGGAAGAGCCCAUGGAAACUAGUUGUACAUCUGAAGAUGUAAAGACAGAUAAUGCAGAAGAAGAUGUCUCAUCUGAUGAGAACAAGAAAUUAAGUACAGAAGAAUCAAAAGAAAAUGAAACUGAACAAACUGACAAAAAUGAAGAUCAAGAGAUGUCUCCUAAGAUGGGUGGCGCUGAAGAAACGGAAGUGGUAUCUGAAGAUGAAUUGCCAGCGGUGCAAAAGCCUAGUGUUAAGGACGCUGAAAAUGUAUCCGAUGAUGAAUUACCAGGUCCAAAACCAGCAGAACUACCUGCUGACACAGAGGUAGUUUCAGAAGAUGAACUUCCGGCAUCUAAAAAGGAGUCCACCAGAAAAAGAAAGCCUGAUGAAGAAGGUGACUAUGAUCCAGAGUCUCCCACAGCAGAGAAAAAGCAGGCAGUAGCUAAGAACGGUGAAAGCAAACCAGUACCUGCUGAAAAGCGAACAUCAAUAGAUGAAAAACCUAAGAAAAAAACAUUACCUGAAUUAGAUAAAUACUGGAAAGUGGUCAAUGAUGAUCCCACAGACUUCACUGGAUGGACAUAUCUUUUGCAAUAUGUAGAUCAAGAGAGUGAUGUAGAGGCAGCUCGUGAGGCUUAUGACGCCUUCUUGUCUCAUUACCCAUAUUGUUAUGGAUAUUGGAGGAAAUAUGCUGAUUAUGAAAAACGUAAAGGAAGUAAAAAGAAGUGCCUCGAGGUGUUAGAAAGAGGUCUGAAAGCUAUACCAUUAUCAGUGGAUCUCUGGAUACAUUAUCUCAAUCAUGUCAAAUCAACUAGAACUGAAGACCACGUCUAUAUACGAUCUCAGUAUGAACGAGCGAUAGAGGCAUGCGGUUUAGAGUUUCGCUCAGAUCGAUUGUGGGAGUCAUACAUAAAGUGGGAAGCAGAAAAUGGUUCAGCUUUGAAUGUGACCAACAUCUAUGAUCGUUUAUUAGCUACACCAACACUCGGAUAUACAUCCCAUUUUGACAAUUUCCAAGAGCACGUGAUGUCGGAGCCGGUGGCGGGCGUGGUGUCGCGCGCGGAGCUGGUGCGGCUGCGCGGCGAGGUGCGCGACGCGAGCGGACAGGUGCCGCAGCUCGACCUGCCGCCCGGCGAGGACGAGCCGCUAGACCACGUGGCGUCUGAGGAGGAAGGGCAGGCAAUCAAAGAGCGUGUUAUCGCAGCGAGGAGGAAAGUGCACAAAACUACCGGGGAAGAGGUCGCCGCGCGAUGGGCGUUUGAAGAAGGGAUAAAACGACCGUACUUCCACGUGAAGCCUUUAGAAAGAUGUCAGCUGAAGAACUGGAAGGCUUACUUGGAGUGGGAGAAGCAGCAUGGAUCGUUGAAACGCGCGUUAGUGUUGCACGAACGAUGCCUAAUCGCGUGUGCGCUGUAUGAAGAAUUUUGGAUGAGGCUGAUAAAGUUCCUCGAAGAGAAGUCAGCCGCGCACCCAGAACUCGUGGCAGUACAGCGUGACGUACUGGAGCGGGCGUGUACCGUGCACCACCUGGACAAGCCGGAGCUGCACCUGCACUGGGCGCACUUCGAGGAGGCGCUCGGCCACUGCGCCCGGGCCGCAGAGAUACUCGACCGCAUCGAGAAGACGUGCCCGGGGCUCGUGCAGAUACAGUACCGUCGUGUAAAUCUGGAACGUCGUCGUGGCGACUACGACAAAUGUGUACAGCUGUAUGAAGGAUACAUUGCAUCAGCCAAGAACAAGGCGAUUGCCUCAGCUCUGUCGAUUAAGUACGCUCGGUUCUUGUUCCAUGUUAAACAAGAGCCAGCUGCAGCGAGGAAAGUUCUCGAUGAAGCCAUAGAGAAGGACCCCCUAAACGCCAGGUUGCAUAUGCAGAGAUUGGAUAUGGCGAUACAUACACCUGGAACGCCGUAUGAAGAGUUGGAAGAGCUGGUGCGGUCGUACGAGAAGCAGGAGGGCGCGGAGCUGGAGACGAGCGCGGCGCUGGCGUGGCGCUGGCGCGAGCUCGCCGAGGAGCUGGGCGGGGCGGCGGGCGCCCGCGCCGCGCACCUGCACGCGCGCGCGCUCGCACGACACCUGCGCAAGCGCGCGCGCAAGGACAAGCACGACGCGCCGCCGCCGCAAGUUGCCGCUGAGACGAAGAAGAAGGAGAGCGCGACGACCACCGCGAGCGCGACGACCACGAGCACCACAUACUACCAGACGACGGCGGCCAACGCGCAGUCGUACGACCAGUCGUACGCGCAGCCGUACCAGCCGCCGUGGGGCUACCAGCAGCCGCCCGGCCCCUACCAGCACCACGCGCCCUGGCCCCAGUACCCCAACUACUACUAGUGCAAACCCCGCCGCGCGAAACACACGCACCCCCGACGCUUUUAACCCCCCGUUGAAACCUCGGCACCUUAAUGAACUGAUUGUGUGUACUAAUUUUAAAUUUAUAUGUCAUGAACUACUUAUUAAAAUUUUGUUCUUGUGAACCUAACCUACAGUAAUUUCUGACACAUGGAAAUGAGAAUUAUCGAUUGUAAUUUGUAAUGCUCAGAUCUCAAAGCUAUCGUUGUGUACAGCGUCGCCUAAAUGUAUAUUAACUCUUCACGGCAUAUAUAACUUGUAGAAAUACUAUUAGAAUCUGAAAUGUUCCAUAGUUUUAUUGCAAUAGGGAGUAAAUUGAUGUGUAUGUCAUAUUAGAUAUAAAUGAAUUGUUAAAACUUAUCUUUUUCUCGUAAUUGUCAUGAUUUAUGAUACAGUUUCAAUAAAUGUUUCAAAUCUGUGUUUAGUAGAUAUUUUAAAUAAAAAUUAAUUACAAAAAGUCGUUUUAAAAUUGAAUUGACAUAGUAAAAAGCUAAACUGUAAAAUUUUUUUGGUUUAAUUAGAUGACGCAUUUGGCUGUGUUGUUGUAAUUUGUCUUUGCCAAAUAAAUAAAAAUAGUUCGAAUAUUAUUAAAUGUGUCACUUGCUAUAAUUAAGGCUUAAUUAUAUAGUAAGAUAAAGUAAAAAUAUUGUAUUAUAUCUGGACUAGAUGUCACUUGUACAUUUGCAAUUGGUUUGUUUGUCCAGCUUGCACGUUCAUUCAAACGAACACCGUUUGGUUUAUGUGCAGUUGCUUCAUUGUGGGUGAAGGAAGUCUAUGUAUAACCACAGACUAAUAAUAAUAUACUACGUAUACAAGUAUAACUAUCAACUUGUCAUUUACUUAACAUCACUAAUACAGUAGUCUUCAAGUUCUUGAACUCUCGUUUUAUAUAAAUAAGAAGUACAAUUGUUUGUGCAACACAGCUCGCCACCGGAUAGUAGAUAAUUUGUAUAAGAUAUUUAGAAGUACAGAAUAUUGCAAAGAGGUAUUUUGUAAAGAGAGGUGGAUUUAUCAUUUCUCAUCAUUGAAUUCAGUGAUUUUCAUAUUUGUUAAGGUUUAAUGUCGCAAUCUUAUAACUUAACAACAUUACUCUAUGUAUGACAUUGUUUUAAUAUAAUAAUUUUGAAAACUAUUAAA